AUGGACCUGAAGACUGGCUCAUUGCUUGUAGCGCCCGCGGUUAAGAAUUCCAGUUGCUCUCAUCCGCGUUACUCGGGCCACAACUUUAUCGUGCACAUUGGCAUAGCGGAGACCAUUGAGGCGGUGUUGAUAUUGGUGCUAACUCUGGGUGUGAUUGGGGCCAACUGCCUGGUCAUCUUUGUCAUUAACAAUCGCCGCUACGCCGCCUACAUACAUCAACAGCCACGAUAUCUGCUCACAUCUCUGGCGCUGAAUGACCUGACAAUUGGCCUGCUAAUUACACCAUUUGGUCUAAUGCCUGCAUUGUUUCACUGCUGGCCAUAUGGUGAGAUCUUCUGCCAGAUACAGGCCCUGCUACGUGGAGCUUUAUCACAACAAAGCGCCGUUAUACUCGUCUGUAUGGCGGUGGACAGAUACAUGUGUGCGCUGCAUCCGCGACGCUAUUACCAACACUCCAGCAAGAAGGGCUGUGUUGCCAUAUUGAGCUUAACAUGGAUUAUCAGCCUAACGGUGUUUGGGCUUCUGGUGCUGCCUAAAGGAUACUACUUCAACAAUACGGGGCUUAUGGCAUGCGAGCCUUUUUAUAGUAAACCCUCGUACCGCAUACUGUCUACUUGUGCAUUGUACUUUCCAACCACGAUGGUGCUGAUGUACUGUUACGGUUCCAGCUUUCAUAUGAGUCGCUUUCGCUUAAACGAUCCAACGAUGCCGCUUACAGCAGCCGCACAUCAUCCACAUCCGCAUCAUCCGCCCCAACAGCAACUGCAGCAACAUCAGCAUCAGCAGCAUCAGCAGCAGCAGCAUCAGCAUCAGCAGCAGCAGCAGCAGCAAUCCUCACACAUAUUUGGACAUGGCGGUCAUGGACACUCGCAUCAUUUGCAUCAUCAUCGGGCACCGGUUAUGAACCAUUUGAGCAUGGCCAUGAGCAUGGGCCUCGUCGGAAUGCCAAGCAUGACAAACAAGAUUACCAAAAAGAUUGUGCCCAUACAGGAGAAGAACUCAAGCGGCAACACGUCACGUUCAAUGGCGGCCAUUUCGCUGGGAUUCAUUGUUAUGGUCACACCGUGGACCAUUCAGGAGAUUGUGACCGCCUGCACUGGUUCCAAGCUGCCACCAUUUCUGGAUUUCCUGGUAACCUGGACAUCGUUAAGCAACAGUCUAUGGAAUCCCUUUAUGUAUUGGCUGCUAAACUCGGACUUUCGUCGCCUUAGCCGACAAUUGAUGCCCAACAAGUGCUUUCCUAGCGAGGACACGCCCGAACACAAAUCAGCCUGUUGUCACAUCAAUGCUAACGAUUUUGAAAUCACAACGCUUCCAUUGCCGCCAGAGCCGCCCGCCUCGCGGCCGCCGGCGAACAAUGGUGGUGCCAGUGGCGGGGUUGGCGGCGGUGUUGGCGGUGGCAUUGGCAGCGCCAUUGGCGGUUCUGUGCUUGGCAUUUGUGCACGUUCCAGAGCCAACAGUUUGAGCCGCAGCGCCUCGCAGUACAUCAGGGGCACACUGGGCGGCAGUGGAGCGCACAGUCACGCACAUCAGGUUGCUGGCGAUGGCUAUGCCACUGUACGGCCUGACAUUGAGGGUCUCUCGGAGAAGUAUUGGGGCGAGAUCUUGGAGCGCACCGUCAGCUCGGGCAACCUGCAUGCCAUGCAGAAGAGUUUCCCGCACUUCCCCUAUCAUCAGCACACCGGCGUGGGCGUUCAUGGACAUGUGCAUCAGGUGCAUCAGCCGCAACAGCAUCAAACCACCUCGUUUAGCAAGCACAGCGACAUGCAUUUGAACGUGUCUGCCGCUGCACAGGAAGCCACCGCCGCCGAGCUAAGUAAAUUUUCUACAUCAGAGCCAAAGCUCUGUGAGCAUCUAUUCCAUGAUGCCAAUUGCGCCAAGAGCAAGCUGCUCGGCACUGCCGCAGAUGCAGCCGCAUCAGCUUCCGUCUCAACUGUAGCCGCCAAACUGGCCGCCAGUCGCAGCAUACCGGACAUUUAGUACGCAGAGGACGUCAUACUCGCCAACAAUCAACUGGCCCGACAGGCCAAGUGCGCCCACCACCCGCUGCACCAGCAGGCACAGGCCCGGGCCAUGCUCCACGCUCCCCACGGCGCCCAUCACACGGGCAGCCUGCGCCUGAGCCGCGUGCGCGUCGCCUGUCACAGUCCACCGCCGUCUUUGGCGCUGGCGGGCGAGUCCAUGGCCGAGUAUCGCAAGUAAAAGGAUAUUUAGCAUUAUUUUAUCUGCUGCGGUCGAACCGUGAACGUGUACGCAUCGUAGCUGUAAAUGUAUGCGUAAGUGUGUGUGUGUCUGUCUAAAUAUUGCGCAAGUCUUUUAGCGUUAAAUAAAACUUGAAAAGUUGUAGCCCUCUCUAUAGCAACGAAUCAGUUAACAA